AUGACUAUUGUUACGUUAUUCUCCAUUUUGCUCAUUUUAAACUUUUUUAAAGCAAAUUCUGUGGGGUGUAGUUAUAAAGAAAGUAACGAAAAUGAGGAUGUGUGCUGCCAUAUAAAUGUCUUUAAAAAUCCCCUACGCUAUAAGUGUUACAUAUUUCAGUUUAAUACCCCUAGAAAUGACAAGAAUAAAAAAUGCUGCGAAUAUUACGUAGAAAAAAGGAAAGAAGACAAGUUAUCCAAGUUAUAUUCCCUACAAGAUAUUAUGAAAAACACGUUGAAUGAACAAGACAUGGAUGACAUUAAAGAUUUAUUCCCAGUAUUUAAUGAAAAAUUAUUAAAAUUAAAUAAUAAUAAUUACAAAUUUGGAGGACCAAAUAAAGGAAAUAGAAAUGUAAAUGACAUUGAUGAUUUGCUUAUCGAGUUUAAUAAUAAAUAUUUUAAUUUAAAAGACAUACAAGUUAAUAUAUUAAAUGGAAGCAAUAGUAACAAAGAAAUGAAGAAAAACGAGAAUGAUGAAAAUUAUAAUAAUUUUGUAAAAGGGGAAAGUAAUUACAUUAAAAAAAAAAAUGAGAUAUUGCAAAAUAGCCCAUUCCGUAAUGAAAAAUGUCUCAAAACAUUAAAUGGAUAUAAUUGUAAAAAAAGCAAUGACAAAGAAAAUCAUGAUGCAGAUGAAGAAAUAGAUUACGAAUUGGUAGAAUCCAUUGGUGAAACACAUUAUUAUUCCAACAUUGAACAUUUGGAUGACACACACCAAAAAGGCAAUAGUACUUCCGAAAUAGAUGAAGAGGAAAAACAUAUACACGAUAGAAAUGAAAAUGAUUAUUAUAGUAGUGACUAUUAUAACAGUAUGUAUGGCACAAAUUAUCCUAGUGAACAUGGCAAAUCACCAAGUUCUUCUCUUUUUUACCUCUCCAAAAAAUUCUACUUAGUUAAUAUGUUGUCUAAGAAUCCGAAAAAAAUUUUGCAGAAAUAUAUCGAAUUUAAGGAAUAUCUAUCUAGUUCAGAAGAAAAACUAGAAGACUUUCUUGACAAUGAAUAUUACAGUACAACUCAGACCAUAAAUUCCAUAUUAUCAGAUGAUAUUCAGAAAACAGUUGAAUAUGAUGAAAAAGGUGAUCAACAUAGCAAUAAAAACAACAGAGGUUUUUUUUCAUCCCUUUUUUACGACUUAGUUUCACUCUUUUAUUUUCCGAAAAAGAAUGUAGAGUUGUAA